AUGGGUGCUAAUGGCCGUGGUAAAACCUAUAUCACCGUGAGCGCGGUGCUUGUCGCGCUAUCCACGGUUGUCGUUGGUUUUCGCAUUCUUGCGCGAUGGAUGAGAUCCACCGUGGGAUUGGAUGACUAUGUCAUCUGUGUGUCGAUUAUCCUCGCGUAUAGCAUGCUGGUAGAGGCUGUUUAUUGGGCCCGAGACGGCGGAUUAGGGAAACACAUGGACGAGCUGAGCGAUUGGGAGAAAACCGUCUUCCAAAAGUGCUUCUUCGCUAACGAGAUCUCAUACACCCUCCUCGUCCCCUCGAUCAAACUCUCUAUCCUCCUCCUCUACCGCCGGAUCUUCACCGUCGACAAAUUCAGAGUCGCGAGCCUCGUCACCGGCGGAUUAGUCCUAGCAUGGUGUCUCGCCGUUUUCGUCACCGUCCUCCUACAAUGCCGUCCAAUCGCCCUGAAUUGGAACAAGUCCUUAGAAGGAACCUGCAUCAACCCGAAACAAUUCUUCUUCGGCAACGCCAUCUCCAAUCUACUCAUCGACGUGGUUAUCCUCGCCUUACCAAUCCCCAUGGUUCUCCAACUCCAGCUACGUCCAACGCAGAAACUGACAAUCCUGGGUAUCUUCCUCCUCGGUGGAUUCGUCUGCAUCGCGAGCAUUAUGCGCGUUGUAACACUCAAAGUAUUCGAAACUGGCGAUACUUCCUGUGCGUCCCUCUCUAUAAACCCUACAUAUCACAUAUAG